AUGUCUGCGCGUGUGUAUGGGAGGCGUGGUACGGUAUAUCGAGCGGUGAUCUUGUUGGGCUCAGAUGAAGCUAAACGUACUUUAUUUUUAUUUUCAGCAUCCGCAUUUUAUUCUUGUUUGCUGCCGAAAUGGAGAUCAACACAAAAGGCACCGCCGCGACGAUCGUCGAGGAAAGCGUUGUACAUAAACGGUAAUAUUUGCUUUUCGUCUUAUGUGACUUGUUACUUAUGUCUUGCACACAGUUUCAUUACCGUAUGGAAUCGCAAGACACAGUUCAACGAUGGUCGAAUCAUUGAAUGGGAUAUUGCAGGCCAUCAAACGCCGUAUCCCACGUUCAUUACAGUAUUCACAUUCAAUACGUCCAAUCAAUCCACUUGUCUUUUGAAAGAGUUUGCUCAAGGAACCAACGAAAUCAAAUACACUUGUGUAGCCGGAUCCUACGACCGUAGAAAACACACAAGGUCAGUGACCGCGCAACAUGAACUUUCGGAAGAAGCUCAGUUGACAGGUGGUGAAUGGAUUUGUUUACUUCCAGAGGAUCAGCCCGAUGGUAUCAGUGAAUUGAAAUGGGGUAAAAAUCGCUUUGUGCCGUAUCUUUGCAUUAAUCCCCACGCGGAUGCCAAUCCGCGACAACGAGACUUGGAAGAGUGCAUCGAAAUCGUCGACAAUGUGUCCACUCGGGAUCUCAAAACUUUUAUUACAAAGGGACAUGUCAUGCUGCCCAGUGUGCAAACGGCAUGGAUGGCGCUCGAAUAUCUAGCAGCAAACAACAUGCUCAACUAA